GAUGCGGAUCUGGGAGGAAGCUGGGCACCCGGGACUCGGAGGGAGCUCCCACUUACGGAGGGUGUGAAGGUAUGGACCAUGAGCAGAAGCCAGGAGCCGGGCUGCUGCACCUGCUGCAGCUUCUGUGGCUGCUGCCCCACUCCUGGGCGGUGCCCGGAGCUCCUGCUCUGGUGUCGCGGGACGGCCUGCAGAACCACACAUUCCGGCACACCGUGUUCUGCCAGGAUGGGAACCCCAGCAUAGGGCUCUACGAGUCCUACGACGAAGACCAGCUCUACUCCUACGACUUCUCCCAGAACACCCGAGUACCCCGGCUGCCUGACUUUGCCGACUGGGCUCAGGAGCAGGGAGACGCCCUCGCCAUUUCGUUUGACAGAGAGUUCUGCGAGAUGUUGAUGCAGAACAUUAGCCCGGUGUUGGAAGGGCAAAUCCCAGUGUCCAGAGGUUUGCCUGUGCCCGAGGUGUUCACGCUGAAGCCCCUGGAGUUCGGCAAGCCCAACACGCUGGUCUGCUUCAUCAGCAAUCUCUUCCCGCCCACCUUGACUGUGACUUGGCAGCGUCACUUCGUCCCCGUGGAGGGGGCCAGCCCCACCUACAUCUCCGCCGUCGAUGGGCUCACCUUCCAGGCUUUCUCCUACUUAAACUUCACGCCGGAACCCUUUGACCUUUACUCCUGCGUCGUGACACACGAGAUUGACAGCUACACCCCAAUUGCCCACUGGGUACCCCAGAACGCCCUGCCUUCAGACCUCCUCGAGAAUGUGUUGUGCGGUUUGGCCUUCGGCCUAGGGCUGCUGGGCAUCGUCAUGGGCAUUGCGUUCUUCAUCUGGUCCCAGAAGCCAUGUUCGGUUGACUGAGUCUUCUGUGACUAGCGCUUGGAACAGCACAGGCCUUGCCAGCAGGGAUGCCCAGGGUUCCCGUGCCUAGCCAGGGCCUCUCAUCGGAGCAGAAGUCCCCGGGGACCCCUCGGGGUGUGGCGCCAGUGUGCAGGGUGUCUCGGCUGAGGGCUCUGCUGUCCCUGGAGUUGCAUUCAGAAGAGCCCGGAUCUGGAGCCCAGGACACCACUCCUCACCACCUCACGCUCCCCACUUCGAAGAAAUAAACCUUCUUUCUUAACAUUAGCUUGACCUCUCUCUCCCUUCAGCGCUAGGCAAGCAUUCUGCCCCAAGCCGCACCCCAGCCCACCGUGCCUUCUUCUUCUUCACUUGUAGGAUUCGCUUCUGGACUCCCGACUCAUUUCAGAGUCUGCGUACCUUAUCCUGGACACGGCUCAUUAGGGAGGGAAAGCCGCUCUCCCAGCCCAGCUCCUGUCUCCUGAUCUCAGCACAGCUGAUGGUGGCUUUUUAUCCCAUCAGCUUGCGUAAAACACAGGAGAGGAAGGUAGAGAGUUUCCAAUAAUCAAUAAAAUGCUUGAGGAAGUUGCA